UAGAAUCGAGGAGGCGUGACUUCCUGUUUGGAUGUCAUGUGACCAAAUUAGAAUCGUAUGAUGUGAGAUUUCCUGUUCUGACUGCACGGAAACCACAUAGUUCCGUUUUUUAUGGUCCGAGGAUGAUCAAAUCGUGAGACUCUCAAACGUUCCUGUGACGUCAUGGAUCCUGAGCAGACCAGACCUCUUCCCCAGCCCAGUGCAGAGUACUUCUCCUGGGACUACCGCCUCCAGCUCAUCGGGCUAGGGUUUGGCUUCUAUACUGCAGUGUUCCUCCUUUCCCACCUCCUGUCCGUGAUUUCAUCCUGCACCUACAAUUCCCUCCAAGCCAAGGAGAAAGUCUUCUGGGACCUGGCAGCCACUCGGGCAGUAUUUGGCAUCCAGAGCUCUGUAGCCGGACUCCGGGCUCUGACCGAGGAGUCUGCGUUGAACACAGACAGAGCAAGGGGCCAAGAGGACUGGUCGUGGUUUCACGUCCUCACAGCCACGGGCUUUUUCGUGUUUGAGAACAUAGCACUUCAUACAUCGAAUGUGAUGUUUCGGUCGUUCGACCUCCCUCUGGCAACGCAUCACUUCUUUGCCCUGUCAGGAUUCGCAGGGGCGGUGGUGUGGGACUCCCAGGGUCACUUCCUGGGCAUGGUUACGCUUCUUCUGGAGAUAAGUACACCUUUCACCUGUAUAUCCUGGAUGUUACUCAAGGCUGGCUGGGCUCACACUCUGUUCUGGAGAGCCAACCAGUGGGUGAUGAUCCACAUGUUCCACUGCCGCAUGGUGCUCACCUAUUACAUGUGGUGGGUGUCAGCGACCCACUGGAAGGAGAUCAACACCCACGUGGCCCUGCCCCAGCGCCUGAUCUUCUUCUCGGGACUCACGCUGCUCACGUUCAUUCUCAACCCUGUUUGGACGCACAAGAAGACCAUGCAGCUGCUAAAUCCUGUGGACUGGAACUUCAGCAGCAAGCCGGCAUCGCUGAAUGGUGCCACAGGGGAUCGGUCUGGGCUUUCUUCUAAACAGCACGUUAACUGAGGUGCAGCAAAAAAGUAUUUUUUUGUUGUGCAGCACCAUAAAAGCACAGACUUCCAGCACCAUGUUGCCAACAGACAAUUUUAUUUACAUUGGACAAAAAUAGAGUUUUUAUUUCUACUCAAAUUCUUCAUUAAUUGGAGGAAAAAACUGGUUUAACAAUGGGAAACAAACUCGGGAUUUCUUGAACUUGAUUUCUCACUGUUGCUUGUUUGUUACUUUCCAGGUUUAAGGGUAAUCAUCUCAGUAAAAUCUGAUGGUUUGUGCUUUCAUUUAGACUAAACGAUUUUAUUUUGGGGGGAAGAAACCCAGAAAAUCUUGUUUUCAUCACAGUAAGAAUCUGAUGUUGUUGUUUUAUCUUCGGAUCUAAUUUACUAGUAAAUUUAAUUAAUUUACUACUAGGGAUGUCCCGAUCAGGUUUUUUUGCCCUCGAGUCCAAGUCAUUUGAUUUUGAGAAUCUGCCGAGUCCCGGUCCGAUACUUUUGAUACAUAAAAAAAUAAGAAAAGGAAGAAACCGUUCCAGAAUGUUCCUUUUUUUUAAUUUAAUUACCUUUUUAUUUUAAUUUUUAACAGCAGAUCCCUACUGUGAGGUAGCUUGAACAAUCAAGUGAUAAAUAACAUAAAUUCUUCACUUUUGGACUUUAUUGCAAAUAUAAAAAGUCUAAUAUAAAAACGGAUAGCACUUCAACUUAAAAUAACUGGCAGGGGUCUAUUUUGCCUCGGCUCCCAAAAUGCUUAGAUACGUCCCUGAGCAUGGGACGGAGUUUUGAAGAUGAUCUGAAUUGUAUCAACUAUAUAAAUACUACAUGCUGAUAAAUUAUUGCUUUAUACAGGUACAAACGUGUAGUGGGAUCAGUCUACCUACAUUUAAUUUUUUUAAGAACUUUGUUUUGUUUUCUUGUUUUUUAUUUUCCGAUCUUCCUGUCCUGUCUGUCUCUGAUCUUCCUGCAUCUCCCAGUCCUCCAGAAAAACUCCUGCCUGCUUCCUUCUUUUUCACCUCACAACUAACUUUUUAACUAGCAGAUCAAAUUGAUCUAUUGACCGCAAAAAAAGCGGAGUGUGCGCCGCGCUGCCCGGCUGCGCCUGUGGCGAGCGCGUCCACACGUCAUGCUCAAGUACAGACAGAACUUACCAGAGAGAAAAUGAACGGACACGAACGACUGCGUUAAUUAUAUAUUUUUUGGUGACGCCACUUAGAAACUUAGAAAAUGUUACUGUGGCCAUGCAGAACGCAGCUCAUGAAUGAUCAGAGGUCUGCCUGCUGCUCUGCAUCUUUGCUCUAAAGAAUCCCCGCUACUCUGAGUCCAUGCAUGGACGUAAUUUUGGGGGGGACAGGGGGGACAUGUCCCCCCCACUUUUUCCAAAGUCAAGUUUUGACCCCUGCACUUUUUACCAUCCAGAAACAAUAUUACUUUAUAUUAAAUUGACACUGGUUGAGCUCUAGGACCAAGCAGAAAACAACCUUUUGUGUUGAAGCCUGUUUCCUAUUAGAACAUACUGUAAAGAUACCCCUCCCACCACCACCCCCGUGC